AUGCAUGGUUCUUUCACCACUUUUCCCUUGGGCCUUCAAUUUGUUAAGUGGCCUGACCCAGAGUCCAGUGCUACAACAAAGGCUUUGCCUUUCCAGGCCCAAAGAAGAAAAAUAAAUGCAGUGUUUAUCUCCACCGAGGACUGGUACGGUUCAGAGUGUCUCAUGUCACGUGACUGGAAUGGCUUUUGUCUUACUCCACGUGUAGUAUUUUCAUUUGCUGAAAAAAACAGACGUAUCUUGAACAGUUGCAGUACACAGUACACACCACUGAAUGCUAAUUACUUCUCCAAUUACGCCCCACAGAGUUCACAGGCUAAGGCUACAGUGUUUGGGUCUCUGCGUCAUAUGCCUCCACUUUUUUCGUACCUUCUGUCCCCUUCCCUUCCCUCCUUCACCCAACUUGUUCUACUUUCUUAA